CCUGUUUCCACUGGAGCGCCGGGAGAGCAGCAGCCACAAACGCACUGAUGCAAAUGUCCGUGUAGGAUGCUCUGUACAUACACCCAGGACAAUUAGGACGUAUUUUGCAGAGAUGGAUAUUGUAACACAUUUAGUCAACGACACUAUCGAAUUCUACAAAUGGAGUCUUACCAUUGCAGACAAACGUGUGGAAAAAUGGCCUCUUAUGGGCUCUCCUCUCCCCACACUGGCCAUCAGCUCCUCAUACCUGCUCUUCCUCUGGCUGGGGCCAAAGUUCAUGCGGAACAGGGAGGCUUUUCAGCUCAGGAAGACCCUAAUUGUGUACAAUUUCAGCAUGGUUAUUCUUAACUUUUUCAUCUUCAAAGAGCUCUUCCUUGCAGCAAGGGCAGCAAACUACAGCUACCUCUGCCAGCCAGUGGACUAUUCUGAUGACCCUAAUGAAGUCAGGGUUGCAGCUGCUCUCUGGUGGUACUUUGUGUCAAAGGGGGUUGAAUAUCUGGACACAGUGUUUUUCAUCCUUCGUAAAAAGUUCAACCAUGUCAGCUUUUUGCACGUGUAUCACCACUGCACCAUGUUUACACUGUGGUGGAUUGGCAUCAAAUGGGUUGCAGGUGGACAGUCAUUUUUUGGUGCUCAUAUGAAUGCUGCAAUCCAUGUUCUUAUGUAUCUAUAUUAUGGACUGGCUGCGUGUGGUCCCAAGAUCCAGAAAUACUUGUGGUGGAAGAAGUACCUGACAAUUAUCCAAAUGAUCCAGUUCCAUGUCACUAUUGGUCAUACUGCUCUAUCGCUCUACACUGACUGCCCCUUCCCUAAAUGGAUGCACUGGUGUCUGAUUGGUUAUGCCCUCACCUUCAUUGUCCUCUUUGGGAACUUUUACUACCAGACAUAUCGUCGCCAGCCACGCCGUGAAGGUCUGUCCAAGGCUGGCAAGGCACUGUCUAAUGGAGCUUCUAAUGGAAUGGCAAUCAGUAAUGGAGUGAGUGGCAAGAUGGUGGAGAAGCCUGUGGUAGUGGAAAAUGGGAGGAGGAAGAGGAAGGGCAGGGCAAAGCGGGACUAGAGCAGAUGAAGGAUUGAGAUGCAGAAGCAGGCAUAUUUGAGAAAGGAUAUAAGAGAUGGGACAUUUGUUAAGGAGCAGUACAUUUGUAGGAUGCCAGGGAUGAGGAUAUGACUGUUUGGAGGAGGCUCAAAGGUCACUGUGUGGGCUUUGCUACCACCAGUUAGGGUGGAUAAGAUUAGAAAUAUUUGUUAAGAACAAACUUUUGGUCCUUCUGUUUACAGCUGUGUUUUUGCUGAUUUUAUGCAUAAGCAACCCUGUAAUAAGAAUGAAAUAGUCAUGAUUAAGGGAGCCUGAAUUCUCUAUCAAAGCAUACAAUUAUUUAAACAAUUC